AUCAAAAUAGAUGCUGUCUCUUUAAAACUUAUUUAAAAAAAAUAAAUAAAAGGCCUAAAAGGCAUAAGUAUCUAUGACAAAGAUCCCAUGGAUAUAUCUCCGGAAAUCACCACUCCAUGCAUGAGUGUUUUCUCAAGUAGGUCACAUGACUUCCGCUAAAAAUAUAAACAAACAAAUAUCAACGUUUUUCGUGCUUGUCGAUAAAUUGAAUGUUUGGAGAAUCUGACUCUGUCAUGUGCAGAAAAAAGGUCUGAAAUAAAAGUUUUAUAUUGGCUUAUCGUUCCUUGCAACAAUAGCAUUUCGAGUAAACAAGGCCGGUACACGAAAAUGCAUGGGCUGCAUCACAAGACAUGUUGAAGACAGUUCAGGGUCGAGAAAUGGGAAUAGGCCUUUUUCACGUGACUGUGUUUCACGUUCAUUUGUCUGUUACGUGGCUGUUUGAUUGUUUGAUUAAUCCCCGUUAAUUCCAGAAGCAAUGCUGAAUAUUUUUCUCAGAAUUGAUUAAUAUGUAAGAUUCUUUUAAUUUGCACCCUUUGGACUUAAUUCAGUUUGGCCACCGGAUAUGGAUUACGUCUCAUCACCAAAUGUGCCAGUAUCAGUGGAUUCUUACAAUAAUUCACUAAAUGGUUCCCUUGUUGGAGACACAAACUCUGAGUCAGGGGCAAACAAGAUCCGGAGUGCAUUUAAGGAUGAUGACAGUGGUCCAUACAAGAGGCUGAGCUGCUCUCUGAAAGUUGACGGUUCAGACACUGGGUCCCAUGAGGAAAAUGAAGAGACAAGGGGAUUCACCAAAUCAGAGAAUGAUGUUGAAGCUCAGAAAAUUCAUCAAAAUUAUCUGUUUGGGUUUAAAAAAUGGAAGAGUCAUGUGACAAGGAGACCCUUGUCAAAUCGAUCAGAGAUUGUACAGACUUUAUAUGCUGAUGUCAGUGAAGUCAAAGAACUAACAGUGUCCACAGUUGGAUUUUGGAACAUCCUUUAUGCGGUUUUGUUUGGUUGGUGGAUUGCGCUGGUCUAUUGUUUCGUGGGAGGUUUAAUGUAUAUUACAGUCAUUGGUAAAGAAUAUGCUCACUUCUGCUUUAGAAUGGCAGAUUAUUUUUUCUGGCCAUUUGGUAAAUUUGUCUAUGUGGUAAAAGAUGACAGUUCCCCAUCAUCUUCUAAAGUCAGCAGCACUAAUGCCCAGGAUACUGAAAACACCCCUCUAUUGAAGGACUCUAUGAAUGCAUUAACUGACAAUGAUAUAUAUCCCUGUGAGGGUUUCUGGAGUCAUGGUCAGUCAUAUGUUUGGCUGAUUCUUGGACUGCCAUUAAUUGUCCUUACACAUGUGGUAGUUAUGUGUGUUACUUGGUUAUUGGUCAUCAGUAUUGGAAUGGCUAAGAUCCAUUGGAGAACUGUGAGACAGAUUCUGUACCUCCCUCCGGGUGAGGUGAGGACUGGAGACUCAUUUGUCAUGGACCUGGACACAAGAAAAAAGAAGAAGAAGGGAGAGAUUCUAAUGUAUACCCACAAUGCAGUGAACCUGUAUUAUUAUAAAUAUACUGUUGAUGGAAUGAAUAUCAUCUUUGUCAAUCUUUUAUUUUUUGUCAUCCUCUCUCUGGUAUUGGGAUAUUCAGAUCAUGAAAAUAAGUAUUAUUCUGGUGUGACGAAAGUGGUUCUAGGCAUUAUGGCAAUUGUACCACUGACUUACUACAUUGGAAUGGCUAUAAUAUGUAUAUCUGCUCAGAGUAGUUAUGCGGUUGGUGCGGUGCUGAACGCCACAUGUGGUACCGUGGUGGAAAUGAUAUUAUCUGUGGUGGUGCUUAACAAGGGAAACAAGUCAGGCAGUGCAUGUUAUGUAGAGCUGGUCAAGUCAAACUUGGCAGGAACAAUAAUUGGCAGCAUUCUUCUUAUACCAGGUCUGUGUAUGAUUGUGGGAGGGUUGAAGUUUCACUCCCAGAGAUUUAACCACGCCUCAGCUGGGAUUUCCUCCCUCCUGCUUUUUGUGGCUGUGUCAGGUGUGUUUGCUCCCACUCUGUUUGCCCGAAUGUUUGGUGAUCUGGAAUGUCAGAAGUGUGAGAACUUCCUGUACAACUCCACAAUACCAGGGAACUACAGCCAGAGUUACUACAUGCACUGUACACAGUGUCAUAGUGAUCUGAGUGGCCUAGAUGGGGAUAUGUCUCUUUUCAAUGACCACAUUAGACCUCUAGUCUAUGCCAGUGCUAUACUGCUACCUAUUGCCUACAUAGUGGGUAUGAUCUUCUCCCUGAAGACACAUGCUGCUCAGAUCAAUGCUACUUAUAUGAGGAGUCUAGAGGAAGCAAAUCAUGAAGGUCAUGAACAUAGUGUUCCCAUGUGGUCAAGGUUAAAGAGUCUGACCAUUUUGCUGUGUUCAGCCACACUGAUUGCAUUUUGUGCAGAGUUAGUCUCAGACAACAUCAAGGCUUUCUUCAAGUCUUCCGGUAUAUCAGAGUAUUUUGUUGGAAUUUUAGUCAUUGCCAUGGUAACAGAGCUUCCAGAGAUUAUAAAUGGUGUACAGUUCUCAUUUGAAAAUAAUGUCAAUCUAGGAAUAGAGAUUGGGACCAACACAGCCAUUCAAGUUUGUAUGAUACAGGUUCCAAUAUUGGUCCUUAUUGAUCUGAUUUAUCCCUUUAACCUGGUCAUGGUAUUCAAUGAUGUACAUUUGUAUGCGGUGAUUUUUUCUGUGGUUGUCAUUAAUUAUACAUUCCAAGAUGGUAAAAGUGAUUACUUUCAAGGUUCGGCAUUGGUUAUCAUAUAUAUUGUCAUUCUUUGUAUGUAUUACUUCAUGCCUAUACCUGAACAAGUCAAAUGUGCCUGAUGAACACUGGAUGAUUUAUAUUAAAAAAAUAUUUCUUUCAACAUGCACCAAAUUUCUACAAUGUCAUUUAUUUUUAAUGUUAAACUUUUAUCACAUUAAGUAACAUAUUGAAAAAAAAUUGUGUCAUUAUGAUCUUCAAAACAAGCAUUUUUCUUUUAUAAAUUCAUGUUUUUCUUUUCACAAUUAAACUACAUGUAGAUUCUUAAGUUAUAUGACACUGAAUUUUCUUAUGAUGCUUUAUGACUACUUAUAAGAUCUACUUAAACAUAUUA